AUGCAACCCAGCACCACCGCUAGACUCCCCCAUCCCCCAGCAAGGCCCUACUCCACCUCCUCGCCCAGCGAAGGCGAAAUUCUCGUGGAAACAGUGGAGCACUCCCCCGGCCACAACGUAGCGACCGUCACCUUCUCCAACCCGCGCAAACUCAACAUAGUCAACAGUCCGCUUCUCCGCCAGUUUAUCACCACCUGCCGCCAGCUGUCCGAAGAUGACAACCUGCGCGUCGUCGUCCUGGCCGGCGCGCCUGCCGCCCCUCCAACAGACGGAGGCAAGCCCAAACCCCCCUCCUGGAUAGGCGGCAUGGACAUCCGCGAAAUGCACACCAUGACCUCCUACGAGACGGCGAAGAAGUUCAUCACCCUCGUGCACCACGCCUGCGACGCAGUACGGCAAGUCCCCGUCCCCGUGCUGGCGAAAGUGCACGGCUUCUCCCUCGGCGCCGGGCUGGAAAUCAUGGCCGGCUGCGACCUGAAGAUCGCGACGAAAGCCAGCACGUUCGGCAUGCCGGAAGUCAAAAUCGGCUUGCCUUCUGUCGUCGAGGCGGCGCUCAUGCCGGCGCAGAUUGGCAUCGGUCGCGCGCGCAGACUCAUGUACCUUGCGGAGAAUAUUUCCGCGGAGACGGCGGAGCGGUGGGGGUUGAUUGAGAGGGUGGUGGAGGAUGAGGCGGCGCUGGAUGCCGCGACGGCUGAGUGGGUGGAUAUGAUUGUUGCGAUGGGGCCCAAGGCGAUUCGCAGCCAGAAGCGCUUGAUGCAGAAGUGGGAGAAUACGACUGCGGAGCAGGCGGUGCAGGCGGGGGUGGAGGCGUUGGCGGCGUCGUUUGCGGAUGGCGGCGUGGAGCCGAGGGAGUACAUGGCCAAGUUUUUGAAUCGGAAAAGGUAG